CAAAUGGAGGAGUCUCUAAGAAGCAUCUCUGGGCCAGUGGCUUUGAAAGGGAGCACAGAGCAGAGACUAUUUCCAGCCCUGGACAUCACAUCCUGAGGCCUACGGAGACAAGAGCAUGGCCAUGAACUUGGAUGACGACGUUCCCCUCAUCCUGACCUUGGAGGAGGCGGGCAGUGCCCCGCUGGCUCCUUCCAAUGGCUUGGGCCAAGAGGAGCUGCCUAACAGAACAGGAGCGCUUGGGCCCUGUGGUCUCACACACCCCAGCUUCCCAGGUUUGAUACCCGUCGGGUACCUGCAGGCACUUGAGUUCAUAGCCCCUGGAGUGAAUUUUGGUGGAUUUGGCACUUUGGCGGGAGAUGGAGGCAGCUAUCCCGUCCCCGGCUCCCAGGCCUCCAGCCUGAGCUCAGAGGGCGAGAGUUUCCCCUCGAGCCCCACUGGACACAACUGGGAGAUGAAUUACCAGGAGGCGGCCAUCUACCUCCAGGAAGGCGAGAAUAACGACAAGUUCUUCACCCACCCCAAGAAUGCCAAAGCGCUGGCGGCCUACCUCUUCGCACACAACCACCUCUUCUACCUGAUGGAGCUGUCCACGGCCCUGCUGCUGCUGCUGCUGUCGCUGUGCGAGGCCCCUGCCGUCCCCGCGCUCCGCCUCGGCAUCUACGUCCACGCGACCCUGGAGCUGUUCGCCCUGAUGGUGGUCGUCUUUGAACUCUGCAUGAAGUUGCGGUGGCUGGGCCUCCACACCUUCGUCCGGCAUAAGCGGACCAUGGUCAAGACCUCCGUGCUGGUGGUACAGUUCAUCGAGGCCAUCGUGGUGCUGGUGCGGCAGACGUCCCACAUGCGGGUGACCCGGGCGCUGCGCUGCAUUUUCCUGGUGGACUGUCGGUACUGCGGUGGCGUCCGGCGCAACCUUCGGCAGAUCUUCCAGUCACUGCCACCCUUCAUGGACAUCCUGCUGCUGCUGCUCUUCUUCAUGAUCAUUUUCGCCAUCCUCGGUUUCUACUUGUUCUCCCCUAAUCCUUCAGACCCUUACUUCAGCACCCUGGAGAGCAGCAUCGUCAGUCUGUUCGUCCUCCUGACCACAGCCAAUUUCCCAGACGUGAUGAUGCCUUCCUACUCCCGGAACCCCUGGUCCUGCGUCUUCUUCAUCGUGUACCUCUCCAUCGAGCUGUACUUCAUCAUGAACCUGCUUCUGGCCGUGGUGUUCGACACCUUCAACGACAUCGAAAAACGCAAGUUCAAGUCUUUGCUGUUGCAUAAGCGAACCGCCAUCCAGCACGCGUACCGCCUGCUCAUCAGUCAGCGGAGCCCCGCCGGCAUCUCCUACAGGCAGUUUGAAGGCCUGAUGCGCUUCUACAAGCCCCGGAUGAAUGCCUGGGAGCGCUACCUGACUUUCAAGGCCCUGAAUCAGAGCAACACCCCUCUGCUCAGCCUGAAGGACUUUUAUGAUAUCUAUGAAGUCACCGCCUUGAAGUGGAAGGCGAAGAAGAAUCGAGAACACUGGUUCGAUGAGCUUCCCCGGACAGCCUUCCUCAUCUUCAAAGGAGUUAACAUCCUGGUGAAGUCCAAAGCCUUUCAGUAUUUCAUGUACUUGGUGGUGGCAGUCAAUGGGGUCUGGGUCCUCGCCGAGACCUUCAUGCUGAGAGGUGGGAACUUCUUCUCCAAGCACGUGCCCUGGAGUUCCCUCGUCUUUCUCACUAUCUACGGGGUGGAGCUGUUCCUGAAGGUGGCCGGCCUGGGCCCCGUGGAGUACCUGUCCUCCGGCUGGAACCUGUUCGACUUCUCCGUCACAGCCUUCGCCUUCCUGGGCCUGCUGGCGCUGGCCUUCAACAUGGAGCCCUUCUACUUCAUCGUCGUCCUGCGUCCCCUCCAGCUGCUGAGGCUGUUCAAACUGAAAAAGCGCUACCGCAACGUGCUGGACACCAUGUUUGAGCUGCUGCCCCGGAUGGCCAGGCACUUCCCAGGCGGAGAACCUGGCUGGGGGGCAGGCCUCCCCCCAUCCGCUCCGUGGGUCAGGUGGGCUCUUGGCCGGCCCGCCGUCACUGUCUGCCCCUCCCACAGCCUGGGCCUCACCCUGCUCAUCUUCUACUACUCCUUCGCCAUCGUGGGCAUGGAGUUCUUCUGCGGGAUCCUCUACCCCAACUGCUGCAACACCAGCACCGUGGCGGACGCCUACCGCUGGCGCAACCACACGGUGGGCAACAGGACGGUCGUGGAGGACGGCUACUACUAUCUCAACAACUUCGACAACAUCCUGAACAGCUUCGUGACCUUGUUCGAGCUCACAGUUGUCAACAACUGGUACAUCAUCAUGGAAGGCGUCACCUCUCAGACCUCCCACUGGAGCCGCCUCUACUUCAUGACCUUCUACAUUGUGACCAUGGUGGUGAUGACCAUCAUCGUGGCCUUCAUCCUCGAGGCCUUUGUCUUCCGAAUGAACUUCAGCCGCAAGAACCAGGACUCGGAAGUUGACGGUGGCAUCACCGUGGAGAAGGAACUGUCCAAGGACGAGCUGCUCGCUGUCCUCAAGCUGUCCCGGGAGGCGCGGGGCGCGGCGGCGGACAUCCCCCGGCUGCUCAAGGUCCUCUCCCAGAUGGAGAGAAACGAGCAAAGCACCAUGGUGUUCCUGGGACGGAGAUCCAGGACCAAGAGUGACCUGAGCCUGAAGAUGUACCAGGAGGAGAUCCGGGAGUGGUACGAGGAACACACCCGCAAGCAGGAGGAGCAGCAGUCCGACGGCAGCGGUGCCCCCGCCACCCAGCAGCCCCCAGGCAGCCGCCAGCGCUCGCAGACCAUCACCUAAGCCAGCUCAUUCCCGAAAGCCAUCUCUUCUAUGCAAUAACACAAUAGCAUUAUUUUACUACGAUGUAUCGAAAUAAUGUGUAUAUCCACAUAUGCACAUGUCUAUAUAUAUGCACAUAUUUAUAGA